AUACUUUAUCCUGACCAAAGGGAGCCCACUCUUAUCAUCGUGAAAUUUGACAAGAUGGCAGGAGUCGACUACGAAAGUGUUUUGUGUGUUAAACCUACAGUCCACGUCUUCAGAAUACCCCCAAGACCUUCUAACAGAGGUUAUAGAGCUUCAGAUUGGAAGUUGGAUCAGCCAGACUGGACAGGGAGGUUACGUAUAGUUGCUAAGGGUAGAGAUCUGUCCAUCAAACUAGAAGACAAAAAUUCAGGAGAACUUUUUGCACGAUGUCCUGUGGAACAGUAUCCAGGAAUAGCAGUAGAAUCUGUAACCGAUUCAAGUCGAUAUUUUGUUCUUAGAAUCAUGGAUGAUAAUGGAAGAUCUGCAUUUAUUGGUAUUGGUUUUGAGGAUAGAGGGGACUCAUUUGAUCUGAAUGUUGCACUACAGGACCACUUUAAACAUUUAAAACAAGAAAAAGAUGCUGAAAAAGCAGGAGAAGAAUUGCAAAAGGGACCAAAAUUAGAUCUAGGCUUUAAAGAGGGACAAACUAUCAGAAUAAACAUCUCCACAAAAAAGAAUACUGAAGAGAAUGGAUCAGCGAAGAAGGCAAGACCAAAAGCUUCAGGAGGCGGUUUAGGAUUAUUACCUCCUCCUCCAGGGGGUGUAAAAUUACCCCCUUCAGGUGGGGCCGGCAUGUCUCUAGGUAGUUCAGAAUCUCAUAAUAUUCAACAAAAACAACAGACUGUGUCCAAUCCACCUUUUACAAGUUCUAAUAGUUCGUCGUCAAACACCAGUUCAAAUGUUGAUCUAUUACUUGACCUAGGUUUUGAUAGUUCUUCUCAGACGCAAGGACAGUCUUCCUCAAGUCAGGGUCAAAAGGUUCAAGGAUUUGAUGCCAAUUUUGACCUUUUGACUGGUACAACAGACAAUGUGAAGCCUGCGGGAGGCUCAUCCGAUCCCUGGGGUGAAUUUACUAGUGCAAGUAAUUCCAGUAACACAGAUCAAGGUUGGGUGAAUUUCUGACCUAGAUGUAUGUACAUAGACAACCUUUGUGAUAGAACUAGAUGUGUAUAAAUCACCAAAUCAUUGUGGAUACAAGCAAGUCAUUGAUAGAGAGUUGAAGUCAUAGUGUAUAUUUAAUAAUGGCAUGUUGCAAUGAGUAUCACUUAAGAAAUUAUGUUUAUAGCAGAACGGUGUUUUGAUAUAUCGAAACAGUAUGAAGGGGUUAUACACUUGCCCAAUAAUUUCGUGAGUGUGUAGCUCGAGUGAAUUAUACAUGCAUCGUAUAACUGAUCUGUAUUGUUGAAAUAUAUUAAAACAUGGUUCUUAUAUAUAUUAUUUUGAUUUUAAUAUGUCUUUUAAGAAAACAAAUAGAUGAACUAGGGAAGUAACUAUUUUGUGGCACAUGUAUGGCUCCCAAAUAAAGCAGGUCUUCCUGUUGUCAACUUGUAAGCAUGUUUCACCAAUGUUAAAAUAUGGCAAGUGACAUGUCCUGCAGAAGUUAGGUGUGAGUAGGUUUCUUUUGAGUUAUUCUGCUGGUCUCAUAAUCAAUACAUUGUAUGCAAAUUAAGUGUAACACCGUUCUGUUAUAUCAUUUUAAUUCUGAAACGUCAUGUGUAUACUAGUAGAUCAAUUAUAUUAGUACUCUUCCUUGGCACCUAUAUGGUGACAAAUAACAUGUAGAAGCAAAUCUUUUCUGUGUUUUAAUGGAAAUAUUCAUGGGUAUUUCUUAUUAUAGUGGAAAAAUAAGAUGAUUAUUGGUAUAAGAUCUUCACUGUUACAUGUUUAGACAUGUUGACAGAAAUGAAAUACAUGAAAUAAAUAUAUCAAGUUCAAAAUUUAAAAAAUGGUCAAGUUUCUGACACAGAAUUUUUCAGUUUUGGAAAAGAUUCUCUUGUCAUUUUUUUUUUUAGCUCAUCUGAUUUUUUGAAAAAAAAAAAGAUGAGUUAUUGUAAUCACUUGAUUGGUGUUGGCGUUGCCUGGUUAAGUUUUAUGUUUAGGACAUCUUUUCUUCAAAAAUAUUCAAACUAUUGCUUUAAAACUUGCAACACUUGUUUACCAUCAUUAGCUGACUCUGUACCGCAAGAAACAUAACUCCAUCCUGCUUUUUGCAAGAAUUAUGGCCCCUUUUUGACUUAGAAAAUAUCAGAUUUCUUGGUUAAGUUUUAUGUUUAGGUCAACUUUUCUCCUAAACUAUCAAAGCUGUUGCUUUAAAACUUGCAACACUUGUUCACCAUCAAAAGCUGACACUAUACAGAAAAAAACAUAACACCAUCCUGCAUUUGCAAGAAUUAUGGCCCCUUUUGGACUUAGAAAAUAUCAGAUUUCUUGGUCAAAUUCUUUGUUUAGGUCACCUUUUCACUUUUGUGGUCAAAACUUUGCUUUUAAACUUGGAUCAGUUAUUUGCCAUUAAAACUGACACUGCACAGCAAGUACCGUAACUCUGCAUUGCUUUUUGCAAGAAUUAUGACCCCUUUUGGAAAAUCAUGGGUAGGUCAAUAUUUCUAUUAUACAGAGACAAAAAAAUCAGAUGAGCAUCUGCACCUGCAAGGCGGUGCUCUUGUUUAUACAAAAAUUCACAAAACUGCUUGUAUGUUUCUAUAAACAAAAACAUGAUGUUUUGACAGCAUUCCCUUGAUGUAUUGCUGCAACUUACUAAAAGCAAUACCUUAUUCCCUGUCAGCUCUCUUUUAACAGUUUCGAUAAAUAUCUAGUUGGCAUGCAGGCAUUUAUAUUGAAAAAGCAAGGUUUAAAUAUGUUAGGCCUUUUUGAUCAAGGUCAUUGCUGUUAAUAAGAAUAGAAUCUGCUGAGCUUAAAUUAUACUUGUGAAUUAUGGUAUAUCUUAUUAUUAUAUACCUAUAUAAAUUCUGUCAAAAAUUUGGCUUGUAUUUCACAAGUAAAUAUGGACAGGCAGAAAAAAAAGUCUGCAUUGUACCUUUUGUAUUGUAUGUUGCCAGACUACUUUCAUUUAAUACACAUGAUCUGACACAGUUCUAUGAAACUUCACUCAGUUCUAUUUUAACAUCAAAAAACAUUGAAGAUUUUGUUUGAUAACAAAACAACCAAAAAAGGUAGAGGUAUGUAAUACAAGGCUCAUUAUAACAGUAGCUAGAUCUGGCAUUUGUAUUCGGCUCUCGUAGAUUUUGCAAGGUCAGAUCACAUUAACACGCGCCUCGUGAGAUAAAAUCUGGCAAAAUUCACCUGAGCCAAAUACAGCAUCCCAGAUAGAGCUUCUAUUAUAAUAAUCCUAUUGUAUCAAGGUGCACAAUGUAGAAAUACAAGCUGGCAUUGUAUAAAGGCUUCAUGUGAUUUAUGUCACUGUUGAAAUACUCACUGUUACUGACAGUUUGGGUGAAAUUUUUCAACAUGUUCAUUUCCAUCAUGUUUGGCAUAGCAUGUAUAUAAAACACUGAAAAAUGAUAAAUUGGGUGAAAAUAAAGUUACAUUUUGGUAAAAAUGCAAGAAGAAUGUAACUUUUUUGCAUUAUUUUAAAAGCGUUGCAACACUUUACUACCUUCUGCAUAAUAUUUUUGGUUAUGUGUAUCUUGCAAAAUUCUUAUAUCAAUAAGUUUGUACCACUUAUUGCUUUCAGUAUACUCACUGUUUAUGGAUUUUUGAGAGAAAUUAUUUUUCGCCAUAAAUGUGUGGGUUAGUCCCUUUAAAGUAGAAUUUUCAUAAAAUAGAAUUUUCAUGAAAAGUCUUAACGAGAAAACUUGCGUGAACAUGAAGUUUACUGGAAAUGUUUUAACUAUUCAUAUUUUUUUGCUAUUAGUUUUUAUAUCUGAUAAUGACUCGAUGUUUUGUAGAAUUUCCAUGAAUCAUUUACUAAAGCUGCUUCUCAUUUUUGUCAGAGGAUGGUCAUUUUAUUUUUAAUCAUCUGCAUCACAUUUGUACUCAUCAAAUUUCUCAUUCCAUAACAGAAUCAUUCCUUAGGCUGAUCACGAUCUGCACUGUUUGCUAUUCAGUCUGUAAAUUUUCAGUAAACACCCCUUGGAAUAAUAAAUGGUACAUGUAUUGCCCAAAUUGAAUGAUGGACCAGUCCAUUUUAGAAAUUUAGCUGGCUAAGGGUUAAGAAAAAACCCCGCAUGCUGUCAUCAGUCAAAAACAUGAAUAUUAUAGUUGUUUUAGUAGUGAGCAUUGUUCUAGGAUGUCAUUAGCUGUUUCUAGUUAUCCAGAUUGCUUGUUACUCAAUUUGUUCAUGGCUAGAACAGAUUCCAUGUGAAAUGAAAGCUGAUAUAUUUGUAACUGAAAUGAGUGUUUUAAGACACUUGACAAAGGUAAUUUAUUUAUCAUUGAAGAAUUAGUUCGUUGACAUUGCCAUAAAAACAUUUUAUUUUCUGUUCUGUUAUUUUAUUAUUUUCUGCAGUGAAAUACAAAAAAACAAAUGCCAUUUCCCAAUUAGGUAAACUGAUCACUGAUCACUUUAUAUAAAUGGAACACAUUAAAAAUGGGUGUUUAGCAAAAUGAAAAUAACAAGCGUAAGAAAUAUUGAAGAUAAUGGAGCCAUGAGAAUGUUAAGUAAAUUGGCUAAAAGGUACACUUAAUUGGCUAAAAGGUACACUUAAUUGUUCAAAAGGUACACUUAAUUGCCUAAAAUGUACUCUCAUAUUUUUGUCUACUAAUAUUUUCACAGGAUAAAUUAUAGUCAGUAAUACUUUAAAAGGAUAUUAUAUAUACAUAUUCCUAUGUUCUGUGUUGGUAUUCUAGAAAACUAAUUUACUGUGUCCAUGAUGUAUGAAGAAAAAUUACUUUAUUACAUAAUGCAUUUAUAAGUGUGCUAGAGAAAUGUGGUAUUCUGUAGGUACCCAUAUAUAAUACAUACACAUGUAAAAUGCACACCCCAGAUUAAGGGGGUGGUCCCAUGGGUAAAAAAAACUGUGCAUUAUACAUGGGUAUAUAUGGUAAUAGUAAUUUCUUUGAUCAUGCAUAAAUUAUAAAAAAAGAACAUACACUAGUAGAAUUAUAUGGGUAUAGAGACUAAUGAACUUUUAGUUGGACAUUUCUGCACUGAUAGAAUGGAACCUGUCAUUUAAGUUAAAAAGGCACAUGUUUUUCAUGCAAUUUACUGGAUAUUUGUGUACCAAAUAUUUAAGUCAUAAUUGGUAUUGUACAUGUUGCAUUAUGAUUAUUUUGUUUAAUAUGUACAUAACGUGUUAAGUAUUUGUUUCUGAUCAAUUUAUUAAAUGCAAUCUGUAUACGUCAAACAUUUUUGUUUUUGAGAUCUAUGUCAUAUAUCAUGUAAUGAAAUAAAUUUGUUGUUAAAAAGCAA